CCAUGUUGUGAAUGCAGGGGCGAAUUAAAGGCAGGCAAAAGUUGAAGCUUUCUAGCAAGUUUCACAGUAUCAUCAUACUCGAUCAUUUUUGACGAUGGCGAAAAUUGCCUUGGGAAGCACCCGAGAGGCCACGCAGCCUGACUGCAUCAAAGCCCUUAUCGUCGAGUUCGUUACAACCUUCCUUUUUGUAUUUGCUGGAGUUGGAUCCGCCAUGGCUGCCGAUAAGCUAGACGCAGGAUCACUUGUGGGUUUGUUUGCUGUGGCUGUGGCGCAUGCACUUGUUGUUGGGGUGAUGAUAUCAGCUGGCCACAUAUCUGGUGGUCACCUUAACCCAGCAGUCACGCUUGGCCUCCUCGCCGGUGGUCACAUCACCGUCUUCCGCUCCUUUCUUUAUUGGAUUGAUCAGUUAUUAGCGGCCUCAGCUGCUUGUAUUCUUCUUUACUACAUUACUGGGGGACUAGCUACUCCAAUCCAUUCACUUGCAAGCGGGGUCGGGUUCUUGCAAGGGGUGAUAUGGGAGAUUGUUCUAACCUUCUCCUUGUUGUUCACAGUGUAUGCUACUAUGGUGGACCCCAAGAAGGGGGCUCUUGAUGGGCUUGGCCCAACUCUUACUGGGUUUGUUGUGGGGGCCAACAUCUUAGCUGGUGGGCCUUUCUCAGGGGCCUCAAUGAACCCGGCACGCUCCUUUGGACCCGCUUUGGUAAGCGGGGACUGGACCGAUCACUGGGUUUACUGGGUUGGCCCACUCAUUGGUGGUGGCCUUGCUGGUUUUAUCUAUGAAAAUUUCUUCAUCGUCAGAUCUCAUGCCCCUAUUCCUACCGAGGAAGAACGUUACUAAUUGCUGUUGGUCUUGGUGUUGUACUCUCAAAUUAAACCUUUCUUCUUCAUGUAUUCUAACUUUUUGUCUUAGUGCUGCCUUCAAUCUCUUCUUAAUUGGAUUAUCGGGGAACUUCUUGUUAGAUGCUUUAUCUUCUUAAAUCUAGGCUUUCAACUUCUUGGUAUUUACUUUUGGAUUUGAUUUGUAAUCUUUAUGUUAUGUUGACGAUUGUUCUUAAGGUAGCUAGGCAUUCAAUUGAUA